GGUCCGCCUGCUGUCACAACAGCUAGCUUACACCGGGGCUAACGUCCCCGAAUACAAGUCGUCUUGUGUCAAAAUGGAUGUAAGUCAGGCCAAACAGGAACAUCUGCUAGCAUUAAAAGUGAUGCGACUGACAAAACCAACUCUGUUUACCAACCUGCCAGUGACGUGUGAAGAGCGAGAUCUACCAGGCGACCUGUUCGGGCGCCUCAUGCAUGACGACCCAUCCACCAUCAAAGGCGCAGAGACGCUAAUGCUGGGAGAGAUGCUAACACUGCCGCAGAACUUCGGGAACAUCUUCCUGGGCGAGACCUUCUCCAGCUACAUCAGCGUUCACAACGACAGCAGUCAGGUGGUUAAGGACAUUCUGGUCAAGGCCGACCUGCAGACCAGCUCGCAAAGACUCAAUCUAUCGGCGUCCAACUCGGCCGUGGCCGAACUCAAACCCGAGUGUUGCAUCGACGACGUCAUCCACCACGAAGUCAAAGAGAUCGGAACACACAUCCUGGUAUGCGCCGUGAGCUACACAACACAUUGCGGCGAGAAGCUCUACUUCCGCAAGUUCUUCAAAUUCCAGGUUCUCAAGCCCCUGGACGUCAAGACAAAGUUCUACAAUGCCGAGAGCGACCUCAGUUCUGUGACGGACGAGGUAUUCCUCGAGGCCCAGAUCCAGAACAUCACCACGUCGCCCAUGUUCAUGGAGAAGGUGUCGCUGGAGCCGUCCAUGAUGUACAACGUGACCGAGCUCAACACCGUCACGCACCAAGACCACGGGGAGUCGACUUUCGGCAAGAUGUCGUACCUGCAGCCCAUGGACACGCGCCAGUACCUCUACUGCCUGAAGCCCAAGCCCGAGUACGCCGAGAAGGCCGGCGUCAUCAAGGGCGUCACCGUGAUCGGGAAGCUGGACAUCGUUUGGAAGACCAACCUGGGGGAGAGGGGACGACUGCAGACCAGCCAGCUGCAGAGGAUGGCUCCAGGCUACGGAGACAUCCGUCUGUCCAUGGAGGUCAUUCCCGACACGGUCAACCUGGAAGAACCUUUUGACAUCUCAUGCAAGAUCACUAACUGCAGCGAAAGGACCAUGGAUCUCCUUGUGGAGAUGAUCAACACGUCGUCCGUCCACUGGUGCGGGGUGUCGGGCCGAGCUCUAGGCAAACUGAGCCCCGGGGCGUCACUCUCGCUGCCCCUUACGCUGCUGGCGUCCGUCCAGGGUCUCCAGAGUAUUUCCGGUUUGAGGCUUACAGACUCGUUCCUGAAGCGUACGUACGAAUACGACGACGUGGCUCAAGUGUGCGUGGUUUGUCCAUCCUAGCGACUUUUAAAAAUUUUUUUUUUUUUUACAAGCUUUACAAUGGACCAACAGUGUGCCUCACACUGUGUUUUAAUGCUCAUUCAAAUGGUUGUGAAUAUUGUAAUUUUUUUGGAAAAUAAUGUGAAUACGUGUUAAUAAACUUGCCGAAUCACGGAGAUUAUGUUAAAACGCAGUGGGUGAGAGUCAUGUUUAAUGCUAACUUUCCUUGUCGUUUGCUAACUAACAAAAAACAUUUCAUUACUUUAGUAGCGUAAUUGCUGAAGUCCUAUAUUUAGUUCCACAAAAAAAAAAAAACAAUGUGCUUGCCAAAAAUUGUGGUUUUGUUUUACAAAAAUGUUCAAAUAUGAUAUUGGCAACUGUGCUAUUAGGCUGACAAUUUUCAUUUUUGUUCCAGGAAUUAAUACAACAAAUAGUAUCUGCCAUGGUACAAAAUACAGUAAAUCCUGCCACGAUGGAAUCCUUUUAGAAUCGAUUAACCUGUAGAUAUUUCGCCAAGUAAUUUUUUUUUUUUUUUUUUAACUAACAUACAUUUGAUUCUCAUUUAUGAGGGCUGUACGUCUAUCCUUAAAAAGCAUUUGUUGGUGAUGAGUGUAUGGUAUAAACUCUAUACAGAAUUUAAGACAGCAAAAUCAGCCUUUGCGAAAGAGUUUGCAUUUGCGAUUAGCAUGUUAGGUGAAAACAAAACCCGCUAACUACGGUUCAGCUCACUCAUAUAUCAUGUUACACAUCUAAUAGUGUCUUUAUUCGAGUCCAGCCAAGCUCUACAUGCGAUAUUUCUGUUUUGUGUGUGUGUGUGUGUUAUUACAGUUAUUGUUUUUGUACUGCUGUUUUUGUACUUAUAUUGGGGGUGGUAUGUAACCCUUGCGAUGGAGGAGCAUUACUGUAUAAUAAAAUAAAAAAAUAUACCAGUAAUCUCCAUUGAACAAUAUUAUAAAAGAUGACAAGAGUUGGAUUUCAUGACAUUUUAUUUUUUUGAGUCAUUGGAAGGAAGCAUCUUCGUGGCCCAGCAGAGCUGAUUUGAGCUGCUGAGAACUGGUGUGGGCUAACUCAAAUUAUUUGUUUUGUCAUUUUCCAGUUAUGUGCAAAAAUGAAUCCAGAUAAAUACUGGUCUAAAUCAAAGUUCAGUUCCAAUUUUGACAUAUAAGGGGCAGUCCAUUAUUGCACUCAGUAUAUAUUUUUUUCCAACUUGGUGAAGUGACAACUAAGUGAAUGUCUUCAUUAAACAGUAAUAGAUGUGACAAAUGUGUGGACUUAGACUACUAUCGCACUAAACCUUUAGUGGCAGCUAUUGGGCGGUAGCUUUAAAACUUUACAUCA